AUGGCUGUUGUAACGGAGCCAGCGGCGGAAAAAGGUGGUGAGAUAGUGAAGUCACGUACGGACGAGAGAGAAUAUAGGAGGAUUGUUCUAAAGAACUGUCUUCAGGUGUUGUUAAUCAGUGAUCCAGAGACUGACAAGUGUGCUGCUUCCAUGAACGUUAACGUUGGAUCAUUCUCGGACCCAGAAGGAUUAGAUGGACUAGCUCACUUCCUUGAGCAUAUGCUGUUUUUUGCAAGUGAAAAAUAUCCAGAGGAAGAUAGUUACUCCAAGUACAUCACAGAGCAUGGAGGGAGCACAAAUGCUUACACAUCCAGUGAGGACACAAACUACCAUUUCGAUAUCAACACAGACUCUUUUGAUGAGGCUUUGGACAGGUUCGCACAGUUCUUUAUCAAACCACUGAUGUCGGCUGAUGCUACCAUGAGGGAGAUCAAGGCUGUUGACUCUGAGAAUCAGAAAAACUUGUUGUCUGAUUCUUGGCGUCUGCGUCAGUUACAGAAGCAUCUAAGUAGAGAAGAACACCCUUAUCAUAAAUUUAGCACAGGUAACAUGGAUACUCUUUAUAAACGACCUGAAGCAAAAGGAGUGGAUACAAGGAGUGAGCUACUUAAAUUCUACGAUGAGCACUAUUCUGCCAACAUCAUGCAUCUGGUUGUUUAUGGCAAGGAAAACCUUGAUAAAAUUCAUGGCCUAGUGGAAGAGUUGUUCCAGGAAAUUCGAAAUACCAAUAAAGCCAUCCCUACAUUUCCUGGUCAACCGUGUACUCCAGACCAUUUACAGGUUCUUGUGAAGGUUGUUCCCAUAAGACAGUAUCAUGAGCUUAGUGGUUCAUGGCCUAUAACUCCUACUAUCCAUCAUUAUGAAGAAGCACCAUCCAGAUACCUUAGUCAUCUAAUUGGUCAUGAAAGCGAAGGAAGUUUGUUUCAUGCCUUAAAAAUCUUGGGAUGGGCAACGGGACUGUAUGCUGGUGAAGUAGGCACGAUGGAUUAUUCUUUCUUCAAUGUUUCCAUUAAUCUUACAGAUGCUGGCCAUGAGCACAUGGAAGAUAUUAUAGGGUUAUUGUUCAGACACAUAAAACUUUUACAACACUCUGGUGUUCCCCAGUGGAUUUUUGAUGAGAUGGCAGCUAUCUCUGAGACAAGUUUUCAUUAUCAAGCCAAAACACACCCAAUUUAUUAUGCAACGGGUAUUUCAUCAAAAAUGCGGAUAUACCCAACCAAGCAUUGGUUGGUUGGAUCAUCACUGCCUUCGAAAUUUAAUCCAGCUAUUGUGCAAAAGGUUCUAGAUGAGCUUUCUCCCAGUAAUGUCCGAAUCUUUUGGGAGUCAAACAAAUUUGAAGGAGAAACUGACAAGAUUGAGCCAUGGUAUAAUACUCCAUAUUCUCUUGAGAAGAUAACAAAAUUCACCAUUCAGGAAUGGGAACAGUCUGCCCCUGAUGUAAACCUGUUUCUACCAAUACCUAAUGUCUUCAUUCCUACAGAUUUGUCACUAAAAGAUGUAAAAGAUAAGGAAAAUUUUCCUGUUAUGUUGAGAAAGACAUCAUUCUCAAGACUUUGGUAUAAGCCUGAUACAAAGUUCUUCAGACCAAAGGCAUAUGUCAAGAUGGAUUUCAACUGCCCCCUUGCAGUCAGUUCUCCUGACGCUAUAGUUCUUUCCAGUAUCUUCGUUUGGUUGCUAGAGGACUGUUUGAAUGAAUAUGCUUAUUAUGCUCAGGAUGCUGGUCUUUACUAUGGAUUAAGUCUUUCAGACAAUGGAUUUGAGCUCUAUCUUGGUGGCUUUAAUCACAAAAUGAGGAUCUUGUUGGAGGCUGUCAUUGAAAAGAUAGUAAAGUUUGAAGUUAAACCUGAUAGGUUUUCUGUUAUCAAGGAAAUGGACACAAAGGCAUACCAAAACUGCAAAUUCAGACAACCAUAUAGUCAAGCAAGUAGCUGCUGCUCACUGGUAUUAGAGGAUCAAACCUGGACUUGGGCAGAGGAACGAGAUGCUCUUUCACAUAUGGAAGCUGAAGACUUAGCAAAUUUUGUUCCAAUGAUGUUGUCGAGGGCAUUUGUUGAGUGCUAUAUAGCAGGAAAUGUUGAGAAGGAUGAAGCUGUGUCAAUGGUGAAGCAUAUUGAAGAUGUUCUUUUUAAUUGCCCAAAACCUAUUUGUCGACCGUUGUUUCCUUCCCAGCUUCUGACUGAUAGGGUUGCAGAGCUUGGAACAAGAACCAAAUACUUUUACCAUCGAGAAGGCUCAAACCCCAAAGAUGAAAACUCUGCCCUGGUACAUUAUAUUCAGGUUCAUCAAGAUGAAUUUUCCAUGAACGUGAAACUUCAGCUUUUCUGUCUCAUUGCAAAGCAAGCCACAUUUCACCAGCUCAGAACGGUCGAGCAACUUGGUUACAUCACUUCACUUUCUCGGAGGAAUGAUUCUGGCGUCCACGGUCUAGAGUUCACUAUCCAGUCUUCAGCUAAGGGUCCUGGACAUAUUGAUGCAAGGGUCGAGUCACUACUCAAGGACCUUGAGAGUAAAUUUUACAAUAUGAGCGAUGAAGAAUUCAAGAGAAAUCUAACAGCUUUGACAGAUAUGAAACUUGAAAAACACAAGAACUUGUCAGAAGAAUCUCGGUUUUACUGGGGAGAGAUUCAGAACGGGACACUCAAAUUCAACCGCAUAGAAGCAGAGGUGGCUGCACUGAGAGAGCUAAAGAAAGAAGAACUGAUAGGUUUCUUUGACGAGUACAUAAAAGUUGACGCACCAAGAAAGAAAUCGAUGAGCAUAUGCGUUUAUGGAAGGCAGCACCUGAAGGAAAUGGAGUCUGACAAAGCCAAAGUUGUAUCCCCAUGCAUAGAAAUUGAAGAUAUUGUUGGUUUCAGAAAUUCUCUACCUCUUUACAGGUCUUUGAGAGGAUGAACCCAGCUGAAACUUUGAGGAAGUACCUAACUAAAGGAUAUACACAAACACUCGUCUGUAUUCAUCUUAUUGUUACAGAGUUUGAUCAUACACAAAAACAGAGUUUUAUUCAGAAACAGAGUUUUAAGAUAAUUUGGUUAUGGAUGAAACUUUU